UGCCACCCCACCCCCAACGCACAGGGCCAGUCGCCAGCUCUGGCCUCGUCUCCUGAUGUCUGUGUCCUUCUGUCUCAGGAGGUGGCAACCUUGGCCGCCCACUGGAACCUCUACAUCAACCUAGGAGGCUUCUUUGUGGGUCUCUUCUCCGUGACGCUCUUUGGGCCGUGGAGUGACAGCGUGGGGCGCCGGCCAGCACUUGUUCUGCCUGCGGUGGGCAUGGCCUUGCAGGCCGCCAUCUAUCUCUUUGUCAUGUACCUGAGGCUGCACGUUGGCUACUUCCUGCUUGGGCGCAUCCUGUGUGGCCUCCUGGGAGACUACAACCUGAUCCUGGCCAGCUGCUUUGCCUAUGCGGCCGACAUCAGUGACCAGCGUUCCCGUACGUUCCGCGUGGCCAUCCUGGAGGCGUGCCUGGGUGUGGCAGGCAUGCUGGCCAGCCUCAUCGGAGGGCAGUGGCGCAAAGCUCAGGGCUACAUCAAUCCCUUCUGGCUAGUGUUUGCUGUCAGUCUUACCACUGCCCUCUAUGCUGCUCUGUGUCUCCAGGAGUCGGUGAAGGAGAGGAAACCAGCCAAGCUGUUCACCCUCCGUCACUACGUGUCUGUGUACAGGCUGUAUGCAGCCCCAGGGCACCAGAGCUCCAGGCAGAAACUUGCUCUCUACUCUCUGGCUUUCUUUCUCAUUGUCACCAUUCACUUUGGAGCCAGAGAACUCUUUGUCCUGUACGAACUCAGCUCCCCCCUCUGCUGGGGCUCAGAUCUCAUAGGCUAUGGCUCAGCGGCGAGUUACCUGGCUUACCUGAGCAGCUUGGCAGGGCUGCGGGCACUGCAGCUGUGCCUUGAAGACACCUGGGUGGCAGAGUUAGGGUUGCUUUCCAACAUCUCAGGCUUGGUUGUGAUUUCACUUGCUUCUACAACUCCGCUGAUGUUCACAGGCUAUGGCAUCCUGUUUCUUUCCAUGGCAGCCACUCCAGUGAUCCGGGCCAAGCUGUCCAAACUGGUGGAUGAGAAAGAUCAGGGUGCUCUUUUUGCCUCUGUUGCCUGCGUUGAAGGACUCUGCUCACUUGUGGCCACAGGAGUGUUCAACUCCCUCUACCCUGCGAGCCUGCACUUCAUGAAGGGUUUCCCCUUUCUCUUUGGCGCAAUGGUGCUGCUUGUUCCAGCUGCUGUGAUUGGGUGGCUAGAAGUCUCAGACAUGGCACCCGAAUACGGUCACUUUACCGACGCUUCUUGAGCCCCCGUGUGGCUUCACCAAAAGAGCUUGCCUUGUGUCACGGCGCAGGCUGUUCAGGGAGUGGCUGCUGCUUCUGCUGGGAAGAUUGGACCCAACAAAGAGCUCUAUGGGUCUUGCUGAUUUCAAGUCCCAAGUACCUGGAAAUCAUGGCUUUAAUCAGCCAGUAGACACAUGGCCCAGCCAGCAGAAUAGCUCCUUGUGGUCCUGCCCAAGCAAACACAAGCAAUUUUACAAAUAAAGGAGUAGAAGUA